AUGGCUUUGUCAUCAAGAUUAACCCUGAUGAUGGCUUCCCUUGUUUUCUCUUUUCUGGUUCUCCAAUAUCUCACUGAAGCAGCUCAUCAGUCCCACACGAUGAACAACAAUGGAGCACCGAGGCCCCUACCCCCGCCCACCCUAGAUUGCGGAGUGGCAUGUGAAGGAAGGUGCAAAUUAUCAUCAAGGCCUCGUCUGUGCAAAAGGGCUUGUGGGAGUUGCUGUGACAAGUGUGGCUGUGUUCCUCCAGGCACUGCUGGCAACUAUGAGGCUUGUCCUUGCUAUGCUAGCCUCACCACCCGCAAUCAAACCCGAAAAUGCCCUUAA